AUGGCUGUACGAGCACCUCGUUUGCAAUCAGCUAAACCUCUUACACUUUCACGAUGGUGGACGAAUGGUUACCAUGGUCAAUCAAUUGCAUUUGUUGAUCAAACGGUAUUAUUCUAUGCUAUUGAUGAUGGUUUACGUUUUCAUGAUUUUACUGAUAAUGAUAAUCAAACAUGUAUAACAAGACAAGCAAAUGGAAUUGGUGUUGGAGUUAUUGCUGGUAAUGCUGAUAUGCAUUUAUUUGCUUUUGCUGAUUAUCAAAAUCCACCAAUAAUUCAUUUAUGUCAAUAUCCAUCAUUAGAUGAAAUAAAACAAUUUACAAAUGCAGCUGAAUUUGAAUAUAGUGCAUUGGAAUUUUCAACAACUGAAGAAUUAUUAUCACUUUCAACAUCACCAGAUUAUUUAUUAACCAUAUGGAAUUGGCGUACUGGAAUAAAAUUAGCACAAUGUGAAACAACAAAAAAACCAUUAGUAGAAAUUAGUUUUAAUCCAAAUUCUUGGUAUGAUAUUGGCAUACUUUAUCGUGAUCAAAUUAAUUUUUAUACAUGUGAACGACGAAAUGAUAUAUAUAUAUUAUUUGAAAGACAAUUAACAUUAGAACUUUUUAAUCAAACUGUUGCUCAUAAUCAACCAACAUAUCACGAAACAAAAAAUAAACAAUCAAAUUCACUGAGAGUUGCUGAUGUUAUUCGACGUUUUCCAAGUCGAUUUUCAUUUACAUUAGUUGAUAGUACCGUAGGAACAGAUCAAGGAACAAGUGUCAAACUUGUUGCAUUUGACAGUGAAAAUGAAGAUGCUUUUCAAACAUAUAUUGAUGAAAAAAUUCAACUUGUUGCAACUUCAUUUUGUUGGGGUGAUAAAGGUUAUGUGUUUAUUGGUACAGCUGAUGAUUCUCUUAUUCAAAUACUUUUACAAUUCGAUCGUGAAAAACAUCCAUUUCGUGCAACACGUUUUGCCGAAGAAGAAAAAUUUAAAACACAUGGUUCAAUAGGAAUGUUUAAAAAAAUAUCUUUACAUAAACUUGGUUUAUUUUGUGCUGGUUCAGAUGACAUUGUUCGUUUAAUUACAUUUGAAAAUCAAGAUGGUACAUUACAAGAAGCAAAUAAUGUUACGGAUAUUAUGGAUUUAAAUGCUAAUAUAACAACAACCAUAUUUAAUCAAACAUAUAAUAAUUUAUUUAUUUGUUCAAAACAAGGUGUUGAUAUAUUUGAUCUAGUAACAAUGGAACCAAAACCAUCAACUCUUAUUCCAAUUGCACUUGGUAAAAUUGUUGAUAUUGCACUUGUUAAUCCAUCAAAUGAACUAGUUGUAACAAUACGAGAUUCAGGUGCCUUAGAAGCUUGGUCAAUAAGUGAUGGUUCAAGAAAAUUUUCAACACAUAUUGAUAAUCAAAUGAUUAGUCAUAUAGUAACAAGUCCUAUUUUACCAUUGAUUGUUGUUACUUCAACAAUGGGUAUUUUUUAUUUUUAUGAAAUUAAUACAGAUGGUUUUCGUCUUAUACAUCGUUUACGUGUGCAUUCAAAUGAUAUACGUUGUAUUAAAUUUAAUCCACAUGGUACAAUACUUGUAUCAGCUGGUAUUGAUAAUAGUUUAUUUAUAAUGGAAAUAAAAACUGAUCAAACAUUAGUUGAUAAUAUAUUUCAAAUAAUCUAUCGAACAGAUCUUGAUGGUGAACCAUUUGCACUUGAUUUAGAUGAUUUUGAAAAACAACGAGGUAAUAUUGAACAUGAUGACCAACAACAACAACGUGAAUAUGAUGAUGAACCUAUUGGAAAUAUAAAAGAUAAAUCAAAUGAAACAAGAAUUAUUGUUGCAUUAAAUACAAAAACAGAAAAACAUGGUCGAUUUUUUAUUAUCGAUUUUGACUGGCAACAAUAUCGAGAAAAUCAAAAUUUACAAACAUCAAGUACAAAUGAAUCAUAUAUGGAUUAUGUUAUCAAUGAUACAUCAACAAAAAUAAUAACAAAAACAAAUUUUGCUAUUCAUGAUAUCAUUGAAGAUUUUAUAAUAACAGCUAGAAAUCAAUUAAUUACACUAGGAGGAACAUCUUUAAGAAUGUGUCGCAUACCAGAUGAAAUAGGCAAGUUAGGAAAAUUAAUUAGUGUUGAACCACAAGAUUCACUUGCUGGAUUGCCUUCUUCUGGUGGUCAUUUAUACAAAAAUAAAGCAAUACAAUCAUGGAUAAUAUGUGUUAGUCGAGAUGGAAUUAUUUCAAUGAUUCGUGCUUCAGAUAUGGCAGUAGAAUCAUCAAUACGUGCACAUACUUCACUUGCUUGUGGAUGUUAUAAAUCUUCAUGGAGUGUUGAUUCAAAAUAUAUUGUUUCAGUUGCUGAAGAUAAUUCUAUUGUCGUUUUUCAAACAAAAUAUGCUGGCAGACUGAUGGCACGUAUGGGUUUUUCAUCUGAAGAAAUUAAUCGUAAAAUGAGAAAUUUAGCAAAUCUUGUUACUUAUGAAAAUGCAUCAUCUGCUUUAUUUGAGAAUAUUUAUGAUCGAUUUAGAGAUUAUCAAACAAAAUUUCAAAAUGUUAAUAUGACACCACCAUCAGCACCAAAAGAAGAUUCGUCAUGGUUACAAUUAAAAGAAUAUGAGGCUACAUUACAAAAUCUUGAUACACAUUUAACAUCAAAAAUAGAAAUUCGUAAUGAACUUGAACGUAUUCGAAAAGAACUUCAUGAAUUAAUGGCAAUAAAUGAUAGUCGAGAAGAAAAAGCUCAACUUGAUCGACGAGAAUUUGAUUUAGAUAGUGAAGAACAAGAAAGACAACGUAAAGAAAGAGAUGCUACGAUUAUUAAAAUGCGAGAUGAAACCAUAACACAAAAUCUUAUUCGUCUUAUGAAACGUGAAGUUAUUAAACAACAAUGUUGGGAUUCUAUGAGUAUAAAAGGACGAUGUAUUGAGGGUAUAACAAAUCCAUAUCGCAAACAAACACUACCAAUUGUUGUUGAAAAUUACCCAUUAUUACCACGUAGUCUUGAAGAAUUAGAAAAUAUUCGUCAUAUUAUCGAACGACGUCGUAUUGAAAUUGCAGAAAAAAAAUUACGACGACAAAUUCUUGCAGAUAGCUCAAUUGGACAUGAAGUGGGCAGUGAUAUUCCAUUGCGUGAAGAACCGUCAACACUUGAAAAUGAGGAUGAUCAUCGUGAACAAACAAAACAAUCAACUGCUUUACUUGGUUCUGUUAGUAAUGAAUUUCAAGUUGAUACAUCAAUACUUUAUAAUCAAUUUGAAUUAUAUACUCAUGAACAAAAAUGGACACAAAUUGUUUUAUUAAAUGAUUUAAUAUAUAAAAUAAAAGAAGCAUUUAAUAAAGAAUUUGAAACUGUUCAUCAACGUAAAUUACAAGAAUUAGCAAAAAUACGUGAAAAAAAUACACGUAUUAAACAAAUCAAUGCAGAUUUAGAUGAUACAAGUCCUGUUUGGGAACCAGAUUUAACAGAAAAAGAAAAACCAUUAUUAUUAUUUGAAGUUAAAGAUAACGAGGUUAAAGUUGAAAGAUAUUAUACACCAGAGCAAUUAAAACAAUUAGAAGAACAACGACUUAAUGAAGAACGUCGACGUGAAAUGGAAAAACUAGAUAAUUGGCGUGAACGUGGUCUUAACGAUAUGAUGGGUGGUGUUUUACAAGUUCGACGAGAAGAUGAAUUAAAAAAGGAAAUUCCUAAACCAGCAUUUGCACUUGAGAAACCUGAAGAUGAAUGGACAGAACUUGAAAAACUAACUUAUCAACAAUAUUUACAAAAAGUUAAAGAACAACAAGAAGAAAGAGAUAAAUUACGAAAAGUUUUAACUGCAGAAGCAAGUAAAAUUCAUGAACAAAUUCAAGAAAAUUGUGACACAUUUGAACAAAUUUUGAUUCAAUUACAUCGACGAAGAAUUUUAGCUCAAACAGCAGCUAUUCAAGAAGAAUUAAAAAUUAGUCGUUUAAUAUUUGCAUUAGUUAAAGAUCGACUUAUUGAACAAUUAGAAGAAACAUAUGAAAAUCGCUCAAAAAUACUUGAAGAUAAAGUUCAUGAACUUGAACUUUCAAAACGUGCUUUAGAAGAUAGUAUUAAUAAUGUUGAUAAUGAAAAAAGACGAUUAAAAGCUGAUGAUACAUUUGAUAAACAAUUUCCUCGAGAAUUUGCAGAUGUUCCAUCAGCAUUACAAGAUUCCCUUAAACGUUUAUUGAUUAAACGACCAAAAUUAAAGCAACCGAAAACAGUAGAUGAAUUUAAUCCAUAUUCAUCACGACAAAUACGCUUACUUGAACUUGAAUUUGAUAAAAUGCAAACAGAAGCUGAUUCAUAUACAAAUGCACCAUCAAAUAUUGCUCGAAAUGUUUGGGAACGUUUUGUUGAUUUCCGAAAGAGACGUGCUGACCUUGAACGAGAAUUACGACAACAAGAACAAGAAGAAAUAAUGAUAAAAAAUUUAAAAAACCUGCGCGAAGGUGAAUUAACAAAAAAAAGUGUUGAAUUUGAACAAAUACAAAAUCUUCUUAUUACAACAAAAGAUGCUCAUAUUGAUGAUAUGUUUGAUUUAUAUGUACAAAUCGUUCUCAAACAAGGUCAAGUUGAAGUUCAAUCGCAACCAGCUGAUCUUCCACCUGAUCAAUAUCGAAAUACUGAUGUUGAACUUAUUAAUCGUCAUGAAGUUGAAGAUUUAAACAAAUCAAUUAUUGAAUCAGCAAAUUUGAAAAUUCGUCAAAUGGAAAAAACGAAAGGUGUUGUUAAUGAAUUACAAUCAAUGAAAUGGGAAAAAGAAAAACUAACAUAUGAAAUAACUGAUUUAAAACAACGUGCACAAGAUAUAACUUUUCUAAAAGUAACAAGAAAUGUUCAAGAAUAUUUAGCAUGUUCGAAUGAUACAGCAUUUGAAUCACAAAAACAACGUGAAUUACAAAUGUUAGAAGCUACAAUUGACAAAAUGAAACAACGUUUUGAUGAUCAAAAAUCAAUAAAAGGAGAUGAAAUUCGUAAAUUACAAUAUGAUAAUUUAUCUAUUGCUAAUGUAACAUUAGCUGUUGAUGAAGCACUACAAAAUGCCAAUGUUAAUUUAUAUGAAAGAAAAAAUAUUAUUGAUCAACGAAUUGUUGAACAAUCAAAAGCAGAUCAACAAGAUCGUAUUCAUCAAGUUGUACGUCGUCGUCGUCUUGUAGAUUUAGCUAAAGCACAAGCACAAGAAGUUGCUUAUUUACGUGCUGAAGUUGAACGUUUACGUAUGAAAACAUUUCCAGCUCUCGUACAAAUUGAACAUUAA